AUGGGAGUGGAGACUGAAGAUCCCCUACAAGAAGUAUUGCAGUACUUCACUACUCUGCAUCAUGAUGGCCAUCACACUCUGACUUGGCCGUCGUCAUUAGUGCACGCAGAUCAGCGCUGUCGUUCCAUCAGCAAAUGCGAGGUGCCGUGCCUCGUGGCGUGGACGGACUGGACCAUCGCCUCCAACACCGCGAGGACCCCCGAGAAUUCUCUCCAGGGUCCUGACCGCCCCACCUCUCCAGGCCUUGUCCUGACCGCCCCACCUCUCCAGGGUCCUGACCGCCUCACCUCCCCACAAUCCUGGCCGCCCCACCUCUCCAGGGUCUUGACCGCCUCACCUCUUCCAGAAUCCUGGCCGCCCCAUCUCUCCAGGGUCCUGACCGCCCCACCUCUCCAGGGUCCUGACCGCCCCACCUCUUUAGGGCCCUGGCCGCCCCACCUCUCCAGGGUCGUGACCGCCUCACCUCCCCCAGAAUCCUGGCCGCCCCACCUCUCCAGGGUUCUGACCGCCCCACCUCCCCAGAAUACUGGCCGCCCCACCUCUCCAGGGUCCUGA